CGAAUAUUUGCGACGCAGAGCGCGCGCAUCGACAUGAAGCUCACAUCCUUGAGCCUUUCUAUAGCGCUGCUGGCAGCGGAGACUGCUUCAGCUUCUUUUAUGGAACAAACAGCAUGUACGAAUAAACAGCAGAGAAAAUCAUGGCAUACACUCACUGCCGAAGAGAGGCUUGACUAUCUACACGCUGAACAGUGCCUCAUGUCUCUCCCUGCCAAAUAUGGACUCGAAGGUCCUGUCACGCGUUACGAUGAAUUUGUGAGAUUGCAUAGUCUGGCCGCGCCGGAUUUCCACUUCACUGGCGCCUUUCUACCAUAUCACCGCUUGAUAGUACACAAUCAUUAUGAAGCCCUAAGGACUGAAUGUAACUACAGCGGCCCACAGCCGUACUGGAAUGAAACUCUAGAUGCGGGAAACUUCAAAAACUCCGUCGUACUUGACUCAGCAACUGGUUUUGGAGGGGAAGGCGCAGCUAUAGGAGACUGCAUCCAGGACGGACCAUUCAAAGAUUAUAUAAGUCCGAUUGGGUCAUAUCGUAUCGACACAGCGCAUUGCAUUUCGCGCAAGAUCGAUGAGUGUCAGAGCUCAAAGGCUGCGCAAGUUUACAUCAACAACUGCAUGGCGAAGCAAACGUUCGGCGACUUUUGGCUCUGUAUAGAAGAGUUACCUCAUGAUGGACUUCAUCAAGGAAUGGGUGGAAUAUUGCGCUACUUUGGGUCACCCGGGGAUCCCCUCUUCUACCUACACCACGCAUAUAUCGACAAGGUCUGGUGGACAUGGCAAAGCGCUGAUCCUGAGCACCGUCUCUAUGAGAUAUCUGGUCAAAAUCAGCUCUACGCGUUCCCAAAAUUCCUCAGCGAGACAGACAUGUGUGGCGUUGCCCCAGAAAGUAUAUUACCUCCCCUCGAGCCGUAUGGACUAGGGGCGCCAGGUGACCCAGGGAUGGAGACUACGCUGGGCCAUGUUUUACACUGGGCCGGUGUGUUGACGAAUGUUACGGUUGGAGAGAUCAUGGACAUUGAGGGCGGCAUGCUAUGCUACGAGUAUGAUUGA